AUGGUUUCGAAAGUAUUGGGUAUGGGCCUCCGCGCCUUCCAGCUUCUCUGUGCUGUCAUUGUCACGGCUAUGGCCGGUAACAACAUCGCACGCGCGACUAACGGCACCUCCUCGAUCAUCAACUACACACUAUUCGUUGGUGUAUGGUGGCUCUUCACACUGCUGUAUUUCCUCCCCACAGCCUUCAUCGACAAGUUCGCCAUCCCCAUCGUCGAUAUGAUCAUGGAUGGUUUGAGCGUACUGUUCGGUUUCUGCGCUGCUGUUGCGCUCCCUGCCUACCUUGGUGCCCACAGCUGCUCGAACAGGAACUACACUGCCCACAACAGUGUCACCAACAGCUCGCCCGAUCUUGAGCAGAACUGCCGCCAGGCACAGACCGCGACUGCCUUCCUGUGGUUUGGCUGGGCGGCAUUCGUCGCCACCCUCAUCUUCUCUGCCAUGGCUGGCAAGGGCAGCGGCGCCAACCUCCGGGGUGGAAUCCGCCGUGGUGGACCUUCUAUGAGCCAGGUCUAG